UCUAAGUAGAGGGCGGCCAGGGCGGGUGCCACACGGAGUGGACAUGGGGCUCUGCCUGCCCUGCCUAGGAGAUCGGCCGCCGGCCUCGCCCGACCUCGAAGAAAGAAGAUUAAAACUUGCAGAAGCUGCAGAAAGAAGACAAAGGGAGUCUUCCACUCGAGGAAUUUUGAACGUUCAUUCUGUAGAAGCCAAGAAGAGGAAAAAGGAACAAAUGGAGAAACAGAUGUCUGCGAGGAAUUCUUCACAAGGAGGGCUUCGAUGGACGGUUUCAUAAAAAUUUGUUCCAAAUGGAAGAUAAGAAUACGACUAAUAACCUGUGGAAAACUGCAAUCAAGUGGCUCUCCGUUAUGUGGCUUUUGCAUAUAACACAUUAAUGCUCUUCUGUUUUAAUGUGAUAAAUGAUAAGUAAACUAUAUAUUGGGAAUUGUUUCUUUUUUUUUUUUUUUUUUUUGAGCAAUUAACAGACAAGCCUCAGAUAGCCAAAACUUUUCACUAUAGUCUCUUAUUUUUGCAUAAGUAGCUUUUCUCAAGACAAGGGCUUUAUUUGUGAUUUUACAGAGAUAAAGUAAUACUACCCUGUCCUAAGGAUAGUACUAAUUAUGUCUUUAAAUCAGUUUUUCAAUUACCUUCUCUCCCUUUUAUAAAAAAAUUAAGUGAACAAUGUUUAGCUUUGCUGACAUACAUUGUAUUUAUUUUGUAUUUAUACUGACUUUCUGUUUAAAGCUUUACAUUCAAUGACUCAGAAGUAGAAGGAAAUACCUGAAAAAUAAUUUGGAGGCUUCAUAUGAAACCAGACUUCUCUUUAUCUUCUGAUUCACUAGAUGCUUAUUUGUUCAUAAUAAAAGAUUUAAUCUGAUUAUUUCCUGUUAACAGUUAUCUAUGUUUGAGUGUUUUUCAUUAAACUAAAAUUUAUUUGCUGAAUUUAAAACUGAGUCCUUUUGGUACCAUAAGGGGGCAUUGCAGUGCUUAUAUAGAUAACAGAUCUGAUUUAUUUCUCUAAAGACUUUUGUUGUAAUUGCAUUACUUUCUAGCAAAGUAUGAGCAUUUUUGACAUUUAAAAAAAUCUAUUAAAGAAUUGCCAAAAGACUUAA